CCGGAAACAAGGACCCGAGAUCACUCCAUCACCGCCAAUCUCUUUCUAGGGUUAAACACACUCUCUCUCCUCUCAUACACAUCUAAGUUUUUGAUCGGGAAGUGCCGCGAUGCGUCACCGGCGGCGAGACGAAGACGAGUACGAGGAUGAGCUGGAGCCGGAGGAAGAUGAAGAGGAGGCUCUGGAUGAAGAGGAGGAGGAGGACGAGGAUGAGGGCGGCCGCGGGGGCGGCCGUAAGCGGCGGAGAUCGGACUUCAUAGACGAUGUGGCUGAGGAGGACGAUGAGGAAGAUGAAGAAGACGACGAGGACGAGGACUUCGGCGGUGGAGGUCGUCGCGGCGACCGCCACCGCGCGAAGAGACGCGGCUCUGAAUUCUUCGACCUUGAAGCAGCGGUCGACAGCGAUGAUGAGGAGGAGGAAGAAGAAGGGGAAGACGACUUCAUAGUACACGAGGGAGCUGAGUUAGCAGAUGAAGAUGACAGUAGAAGGAUGCACCGUCGCCCAUUGCUUCCAAGGGAGGAUGAUCAGGAAGAUGUUGAAGCACUUGAGAGAAGUAUUCAGGCAAGAUAUGCCAGAUCAAGUCAUACUGAAUAUGAUGAGGAGACAACAGAUGUCGAACAACAAGCUCUUUUGCCAUCUGUCAGGGAUCCAAAGCUAUGGAUGGUGAAAUGUGCGAUUGGUCGAGAGCGGGAGGCAGCUGUUUGCCUAAUGCAGAAGUAUCUUGAUAAAGGAUCAGAGUUACAAAUUAGGUCAGCUGUAGCCUUAGAUCAUCUCAAAAACUAUAUAUAUGUUGAAGCAGAUAAAGAAGCUCAUGUGAGGGAGGCUUGCAAGGGUCUACGUGUAAUAUAUACAAAUACGAAAAUAACACUUGUCCCAAUCAAAGAAAUGACUGAUGUUCUUUCAGUGGAAAGCAAAGCAAUUGAUCUUGCAAGGGAUACCUGGGUGAGAAUGAAGAUUGGAACAUACAAGGGGGACCUUGCAAAAGUUGUGGAUGUGGAUAAUGUGCGUCAAAGAGUUACAGUGAAGUUAAUCCCACGUAUUGAUUUACAGGCCCUCGCAAAUAAAUUGGAAGGUAGGGAAGUUCCAAAGAAGAAGGCAUUUGUUCCUCCUCAACGUUUUAUGAAUGUAGAUGAAGCUAGGGAAAUGCAUAUACGUGUUGAGCGUAGACGAGACCCAAUGACUGGAGAUUACUUUGAGAAUAUAAAUGGCAUGAUGUUCAAAGAUGGCUUUUUGUACAAAACUGUAUCCACGAAAUCAAUCAGUACUCAGAACAUACAGCCGACUUUUGAUGAAUUAGAGAAAUUCCGGCAACCUGGUGAGAAUGGGGAUGGAGACAUGGCCAGUUUAUCAACUUUGUUUGCCAACAGAAAGAAAGGCCAUUUUAUGAAGGGUGAUCAAGUUAUUAUCAUCAAGGGAGAUCUCAAGAAUUUGAAGGGAUGGGUUGAGAAAGUUGAAGAUGACACUGUCCAUAUCAGACCAAAUGCAGAGGGCCUUCCAAAAACACUUGCUCUAAAUGAAAAGGAGCUCUGCAAGUACUUUGAACCAGGGAAUCAAGUGAAGGUUGUAUCUGGUGCAUCAGAAGGUGCAACUGGUAUGGUUAUAAAGGUUGAGGGGCAUGUUAUUAUCUUAUUGUCUGAUACGACUAAAGAACAUAUACGUGUGUUUGCUGAUAAUGUUGCAAAGAGCUCCGAAGUAACCUCUGGUGUUACCAGAAUUGGGGACUAUGAGCUUCAUGAUCUUGUGAUGCUGGAUAAUAUGAGCUUUGGGGUAAUCAUUCGUGUAGAAAGUGAAGCUUUCCAGGUGUUGAAGGGAGUGCCAGAGAGACCAGAGGUUGUACUUGUCAGAUUAAGAGAGAUAAAAUGCAAGCUCGAUAGAAAAACCCAUGCACAAGAUCGGUCCAAGAACACAAUAUCUGUGAAAGAUGUCGUUAGGAUUGUUGAAGGUCCACACAAGGGAAAACAAGGUCCUGUUGAACAUAUUUUUAGAGGAACUGUGUUCGUUUAUGAUCGCCAUCACCUUGAGCACGCAGGUUUUCUAUGUGCUAAAUCUCAGUCCUGCAUGGUAAUUGGUGGAUCACGUGGGAACAGCAACAGAAAUGCUGGUUCACUGACUUCAAGAUUUGCUCAUCUUACAACUCCUCCUCGUGUUCCUCAAUCUCCAGGAAGAAUGGCUCGAGGCCUUCCAGGAGAUUUUCGAGGCAGGCAUAGAGGUGGGAGAGGAGGACAUGAUCCUUUGGUUGGGACCACUGUAAAAAUUCGUCAGGGGCCUUUCAAAGGAUAUCGGGGUCGUGUUGUAGAUGUUAAAGGUUCAUCAGUCAGGGUUGAGUUGGAGUCACAGAUGAAAGUUGUUACAGUUGAUCGCCAUCAUAUUUCUGACAAUGUGAUUGUUUCAACUCCAUAUCGUGAUGUACCUCGAUAUGGUUCGGGUAGUGAGACCCCUAUGCAUCCUUCUCGAACUCCACUGCAUCCAUAUAUGACUCCUAUGAGAGAUCCUGGAGCAACACCUAUUCAUGAUGGCAUGAGGACACCUAUGCGUGACAGAGCAUGGAAUCCAUACACACCAAUGAGUCCACCAAGGGAUUGGGAAGAUGGAAAUCCUGCUUCCUGGGGGACAAGCCCACAGUAUCAGCCUGGAAGUCCACCUUCACGAACGUACGAAGCACCUACACCCGGUUCUGGUUGGGCUAAUACUCCUAGUGGCAAUUACAGUGAUGCUGGAACACCAAGGGAUAGUGGUCAAGCCUAUGCAAAUGCCCCAAGCCCUUACCUGCCAUCUACUCCUGGUGGACAACCGAUGACACCAAGUUCAGCUUCUUAUCUUCCUGGAACUCCUGGAGGACAACCAAUGACACCAGGUGGCGGCGGUUUGGAUAUUAUGUCCCCUGUAGUAGGUGGGGACAAUGACGGACUUUGGGCAGUGCCAGACAUAUUGGUCAAUGUGCGAAGGCCUGGUGAAGACUCUGUUGUUGGAGUUGUUCGAGAGGUCCUCCCGGAUGGUUCGUGUAGAGUAGCCCUAGGAUCAGGCGGCAAUGGCGAUACGGUGACGGCGUUUCCCAAUGAAAUUGACCUAGUUGUGCCCAGGAAAUCGGACAAAAUUAAGAUCGUUGGUGGGGCACAGCGUGGGGCCACCGGAAAGCUGAUCGGUGUUGAUGGCAGCGACGGAAUUGUUAAGGUAGAUGAUACUCUUGAUGUUAAGAUAUUAGACAUGAACAUUCUGGCAAAACUAGCACAGCCGUGAAGAUGAAAUCAAUAUAAGGCAUUUAACAUAAUUUAGAGCCGUAUAUCUGUCUCAGUUGCAGAUAACAGUUGCUUGUAAAAGUAUAGUGUAUAAAUUUGCCAUAUUUUGCUUAUGGAUUUUGAAUGGUUAAAGCAA